AUGGAUGUCCCCGAGCCAGACCAGUCGCCCUUCACCGCCGUGACGGCGCACACCUCCAGAUUGACCCGGCAAUACCAAGCCUACCUUGACGCGUCGACCCCCUAUACCACCUACCGCUGGGUUGGCUCCGGUGUCCUGCUCCUCGCUUUCUUCCUGCGCAUCGUUCUCGCGCAAGGAUGGUACAUUGUCGCCUACACUGUCGGCAUUUACCUCCUCAACCUCUUCCUCGCUUUCCUGACCCCCAAAUUCGACCCCUCUCUCACUCAGGAUGAAGGCCUAGAGGACGGUGAUGCGGGUUCGCCCAGCCUUCCCACCAAGAAGGACGAGGAGUUUCGGCCGUUCAUCCGCCGCCUGCCGGAGUUCAAGUUCUGGCACUCGGCCACUCGUGCCAUCGCCAUCGGCUUUGUGUGCUGCUGGCUCCCUAUCUUCGAUAUCCCCGUCUUCUGGCCUGUCUUGGUUAUGUACUGGAUCAUCCUCUUCGUCAUGACUAUGCGCCGACAAAUCCAGCACAUGAUCAAGUACCGCUACGUUCCUUUCUCGUUCGGCAAGACCCGGUACGGCCGGUCAUAA